GGCCAACACGACACGACGCGACACGACGGCGACGACGGCGAAGACGAAGCAGAAUACCGGGGCCGAGGACGCCUGCUUAGCGCUCGGCCGCGCCAGCGUCACUCUAAUAUCGCGAUCCCACACCCUCCCUCGCCUCCGUCUCGAUCGCCCGACGACGCCUCCGUCGUACAUGACGGCCGGGGCCCUGCAGGCUAUGGGCGCUCUCGUAGCACCGCCACCCCUUUUCGUCAUGUAAUUUUCUUCCCCGUCUGUUUCCUGCGUCGGUCUGGCCUGGAUGCAAUUCCGUCUGACGCGCGGGACCGACGCCGUGCUCCUACGGCUCGCCACUCGUCCCAUCUACGAGUGGAGGGGGAGAAGGGAGCGAGGGCAGGGAAGCAUUUGCGGCGGAGGCUCUGGCAGCGCUACCUGAGGCACAGACGGGCGUAUGCGUGUGCGGAUGGGUAUGGCUGGCAGGUGAUGCACACAGGCGCGGGCUUGGUCUAUAUUACGAAUCACACACACACUCGCACACGCGCCUCUCGUCCUGGCUAUUAUCCAUGUAGGCAUACCUACGUCAAUGGAGCAUCCCGGGACAAGAGACGCGAGGGACUUUGCGAUUCUCACCUUCCACACCCCGCAAAACCACCGAUUAUAGACUCUGCGAUCCUUAGCGCACCUAUUUCCUGACCUUGCUCUGCCGACCUACUGGCUACCGGGCGACGGGCGGGUGAGUAUUACGUGAGGCCCACGUGGCGCGGAGGAGACGCAGUUGCGUAGGUGUGUGGGCGCGCGUGUCGACGUACUUAGAAGUCAUAUUACAUUUCGUAGGAGAUCGUGUGGGUGGGAAGACUGGUAGGGCUGCUUUUUGCCGUUGACGGUCUCUCCAGCUGGGUCUUGGCUAAGACCAGCCCCAUCGCCAGCCCAGCCCGUGGGCUCCGAGAAUCGAACCGAGAGCCCCGAAGCAUCCUGCAUGCACACACAUGCAUUCGUACCUCCAUAUAUUAGGUACUUAGCGCGAGUCGGUGUUUGGGGUAUUUUGGUCACGGUAUCGCCUCCUGGUGUCUCCCUGUACUCGCUCGCUCGCUCGCGUAGCCGAUACGCGGAUGUAGACACGCCUGCGUAGGUACGUGCGACGGCCAGCCAAGGCGCUGCCGGAUAGAGACAAAAUGUCAC